GUAGUAUUGAAGGAAAAUAACCAAAAAAUCAAUACAAUUUAAACGCAUAGAAAUGCAAUAAAAAAAUCUUGAAUCAAAAGAAUAUAAUAAGGAACCAACAAUUAUCAAUUCCGUAAGCGAAAACCGGAAAGUGCAUCAGAAAGAAAACAAAAAAUAAAAAAAAUUGCAGCAAGUAGACGCUUAUCAAAGCUAAUUGAUUGAGAGAAAAAUCUGAUACCAAACAAUAAAACAGCGCCCACAACAGCAACAAAAACUCAUAGUUAAGUCUAAGAAACGCAAGGCAGCCAAAACAAAAGUCAUGCGGAUUAGUUAUCAUAUUCUGGUGCUUCUGCUGCUAUCACACCUCGAUGCCGCAUUGGCCGAGGUCUUCGACACACAUUUGCGCGGUCCCGGCUUCGUAAUGGAGCCACCCGGACGUGUUGAGUUCUCCAAUUCGUCUGGCGGUUGGCUUGAUUGUUCGGCGUCGGGUAGCCCGCAGCCCACCAUCGAUUGGGUGCAUGCGGAUGGCACUGCAGUCUCGGAGAUUCAUGGCGUGCGACGUGUACUGCGCAAUGGCACUUUGGUGCUUUUGCCAUUUCCGGCGGCGGCUUAUCACCAGGACGUGCACAAUACGAUUUAUCGCUGCAUUGCUAGCAACAGUGUGGGGCGCAUUGUGUCGCGCGAUGUGCAAGUGCGUGCUGUUGUUGCUCAAGCAUACAAAGUGGAUGUCGAGGUGCUGUCUGCCGCCCGAGGAUGCACCGCCAUACUGCGCUGUGUCGUGCCGACUUUCGUAAAGGAAUUGGUGCGAGUGGUCUCGUGGGUUCAUGAACCUGCUAUCUACAUUUAUCCAUCGCUACAAGGAGAUGGCAAAUUCCAUUUACUGCCCACCGGUGAAUUACUCAUUCACAAUUUACAGGAGACUGAUGAAUCGCAAUCGUUUCGUUGCCGUAGCAUGCAUCGUUUGACGCGUCAAGUGGUAGUCAGCUCGCCCACACGCCUCAGAAUCAAUUCUCAUCGUGGCAUCAUUUCACCAAGCGUCGUCGAACACACAUCUAACGUACAAGUUUCGCAAGAUGAGGGCGCUGUUUUGCUAUGCGUAGCGCAGGGCUGUCCAUCACCCGAAUACAGGUUUAGGACUCCGGACGGCAACAGUGCCUUUAAAUUAGAAAUAUCUCCCACCAAAGAAGAGGUAGACUCACUGCUGAAGAGUGAGACAUCAGUUAGCGAGGUGCGCAUAUCUAUACUCUGA